AGCAAUGUUAUUGAGGAUGUUGUAUUUGAAGAAUUUUUCACUGAUCAUGAAGAAGAGUUAGAAGCUGAGCAAGAUGAUCAUGAUUUCUAUGAUUAUGGACUGACCAAAAGUUUACUGAGAAGAUGCCAAUCCUUGCCUGAUUUUUCUGACAGUGAGAGCUCAGAGACAAUUUUGAUUAAAAGAUCAGUCUCAGCUCUGGAGAUGACUGCUUUCAAAGAUGAAACUACGUUAAAUAUGUCAGCUAAUUUCAAAACCAGCAUGAAAGAGUUGAAGGUUAUGAAGCAACAGAUAGCUGAGCCAGAAGUUGAGACAGAGAUCGGGGAAAGCUCCCCUGCCAAGCAUCUAUUGAAUCAAAUCUGUGAUGAUCCUCUGUCAAUGCAGACAGACAUACCAGUAGAGAAAAUGACUACUUUGACUGGACAAGAGGAUAGUGUGAAUGACAUUGUUCUUAUGGAGAGACCUCAAAAGGCUGGGAUUAAAUACACUGUUUUCCCAAGAAGAAAGAAAACAAAGAAAUCAAAGAAAAUAAUAAACCCUAGAAAAUUAGAAGCUGUGAUUAAGAAAUUAAGUCAACCGCCAAAGAUUCUUAAAAGGUCUGUAUCUCUGGGAAGACUUCCUAGUCAUGAUAAAUUCAGUAUCAAGGUGUCUUCAGCAACCAAACAAUAUCAGAGCCCCAGCAUCCCUUGCUUGUUAGAUUUUGAAAAGUUUGCAGAAGUGAGGGGUGGAAUUCCAAAAGAAACUUCUGCUCGCAUGUGGGUCAGUGGAAUAUGGAACUGCUGGUUUGAUGAAACUUUCCCUCCUAGUGGGACUGCUGCUGAGAAGGAUGUUGAAUUACUAAAAGGAACUGAGACAAUGGACUCUGAAGAAGUAAAUCUACAAAUCGAACUAGUUGACUUAAUACAGCCUGUUCUUCUUGAAGGUGCAACAGUUAGUAUUGGAGAUUUAGAAAAAGAAGUAAGACGACUGACUGAGCUAAUAAAAACAGAAGAGCAUCCUUCAGCUUUUCACUACUGCAGGCGUGGAGCAAUACAAAGAAAGUUAGGCAAGUUAAAGUCAGCUAUGGAUGACUUGGAAAAAGCUAUAAGCUUAGAACCACUACUGCUUAAUGCUUACUGGCAUAGGCAUUUGAUUUACCUCUUUCAAGAUAGAAUUUCUGCUGCUUUGGCUGACCUGAAUUUUAUAACUAAAUGGAGCAAAAAUAAAGCUGAUACAUACCUGUCAAUGGCUGAAAUUUACAGGAAACAAGGUGAUAAUGCGCUGGCAAUCAUCAAUUAUAGCUCUGCCAUACAAUGCAGCCCUACAGAUGAUGACAUUUACUUUAGGAGAGCUGAGCUGUAUUUUGAGGGAAAUCAGCUGUUACUGGCCAUGGAUGAUUACGCAAAAUGUUUUCAGUAUAACCCAAAAAGAACAGAUGCCCUUAUGAAACAUGGAAUACAUUUCUUUGACCAUUCGGUUUUGACUACAGCUAUUCAGGAUUUUACAGCUGUGAUCAAGGAAGACCCCAGCGAUGCUCAGGCGAGCUCUGUCAUCUUUGCUUACCUAAAUAUUGGUUUGAUACUGCUGUUGCAUCUCAAUCGAUACGAUGAAGCUAUUCGACAGUUUACUAAUGCCAUUGCAAUUGAUCCUCUCAAUGUUCGAGCCUAUGUAUGCAGAGCAGAAGCAUAUCAUAAGAUUCAUAAUUUGCCAAAUGCUGUGAAGGAUAUAAACCGAGCUAUUCAUCUUUAUCCAAAUAUAUCACAGCUUUGCAUAUUAAGGGGACAGUAUUUGAUGGAGUUGAAGAAAUAUGAGCUGGCAAGUUUAUGUAUUCACCAACUUGCAGAAAUGGAUGAAGAAUGCUUUCCAUCUCAGCCUGUUCAGCAAGCACUCAUUCAGUCAUUUUGUCAAAAUCACAAUAAGGCCAUAGAGUGCUUAUGUGAAGCUACUGCAACUCAACCUGAGCCUUCAAUGUUUGUUAUUUUAGGAAAAAUACAAAUGAAAGCCAAGAAGACUAAGGAUGCUGUGAGAAGUUUUGAAAAAGCUAUGAAGCUCCUGAUGACCUCAGCAAAAAUCCUCCCUAAUACAUUUGAGGCUGCUGAAAUGUAUUAUCUCACAGGCCUGUGUUACAUGGAGCAAAAAAGUUUGUUACAGGCCCAUGAUGCUUUUAGUAUGGCUAUCAGACUACAUUCAAGUUACCCUGAUGCUUUUUAUCAGCGAGGACUGUGUAGGAUGCAGCUCAGACAAGCUACGUGCAUCCGAGACUUCAAUCAAGCACUUGCUCUCUGUCCGUCACAUUUCCAGGCAUAUAUGAGUCGUGCUGCUUACUAUGGAAGUAAAGGUAGAUAUUCUAAGGCAAUUCUGAAUUGCAAUGAGGCAAUCAAAAUUAUUCCUAACAGUGUGCGAGCUUAUUUUUACCGAGGAACUUUAAAGUAUCAAAAUAAGACAUUUAAAGCUGCAAUUGAAGAUCUUUCAAAAGCUAUCGACCUCAACAAAACCUGUAUUUUGGCAUAUUAUAACAGAGCUGUCUGCUAUCAUCAAAUAAAGGACUUCAGAAAGGCUUUGAAAGAUUAUGGAAUUAUUCUUCUGCUUGAAUUGAGUAAGGAAAUAGCUUUCAAAGUGUUAAUUAAUCGUGGACUACUCUAUGUGGAACUUGGUGAUUAUGCUAAUGCAUGUGAGGACUUUAAAGAAGCAACAUUGCUUAGUCCAGACGACAGCCAGAUCUUUCAAGCUAUUGGAAUCUGCUAUCAUAGACUUAAUGAGUUUGAAGAAGCUGUAAGAUCAUUUGACCAGGUUCUCAAACUAAAUCCUGUUUCUGUGGAUGCCUAUGUUGGAAGAGGAAAUUCAUACAUGGAAAAUGGUCGUGAGGCUGGUUGUAAACAAGCACAGAAAGAUUUCCUGAGAGCAAUUCACCUGAAUCCAAAGUCCAUAAAAGCCAGAAUUUGCUUAGGAUACAACUUGCAGGCCCUUGGAAAGCUUCAGAGAGCAUGGAGACAAUUUACAGUUGCCAUUUGCAUUGAUCCAAAAUGCCAUGCUGCAUAUGAUGGACGAGCUUCAGUCUGUCUUCAAAUGGGUGAAACUUUUGCUGCAUUUCAAGAUACAAAUGCUGCACUAAAGCUCACUACCACGGCUCCGCUGCUAACCAAUCGCGGUGUCAUCAAUCAGUUAAUGGGAUAUCUACCCUGUGCCAUGAUGGACUAUCAACGAGCAAUUUCUGUUGAUCCAAACUAUGCAUUAGCCUACUUCAAUGCAGCAAAUAUCUACUUCCAUAAUCGACAGUUUUCACAGGCCUAUUGCUAUUAUUCCAAGGUAUUACAACUUGACCCAAAAAAUGAAUCUGCUGUUAUGAAUCGUGCUAUUACAAAUACAUUACUAAACAAUAUUGAAGAAGCAAAAGAAGACUUUGAGAAGGCAAUUUGUCUCUGCCCAUUCUCUGCAGCAGUGUAUUUUAACAGGGCAAAUUUCUAUAAUGGAUUGAAGCAAUAUGAACUAGCUGAGAAAGACAUUUCAACAGCAUUGUCAAUUCAGCCUAAUGAUGCCCUGAUGUAUAAAUUUAGAGCUGAUAUUCGUGGUAAAUUGGGUUUCAAUAAAGAGGCUAUAGAAGACUAUAAACAAGCAAUCAGCUUUCAAGAACAGAUUGAUUCCAUGUGA